AUGGCCGCAGAACCUAAUAACGCAGCCAUGUAUGACGCAAGGCGCAGACAGAAGACCUCAGGCUCGGAGGUCCUAGAUAGCAUAGUGUCAGCUUCCAAUUUCAAUCGGGAUGAGGUCGACAGACUACGGAAACGGUUUAUGAAACUUGAUAAGGAUAAUUCCGGCACGAUUGAGCGUGAUGAGUUCCUUUCCCUUCCACAAGUCUCCUCGAACCCUCUUGCGACACGAAUGAUUGCCAUUUUCGAUGAAGAUGGAGGUGGCGAUGUGGACUUCCAAGAAUUCGUCUCGGGACUAUCAGCCUUCAGUUCAAAGGGUAAUAAAGAGGAGAAGCUGCGUUUUGCUUUUAAAGUCUACGAUAUCGACCGCGACGGUUACAUUUCGAACGGGGAGCUGUUUAUUGUCUUGAAGAUGAUGGUUGGGAGCAACUUGAAGGAUAUGCAGCUGCAGCAGAUCGUGGAUAAGACGAUUAUGGAGGCUGAUAAAGAUGGCGAUGGGAAGAUUAGUUUCGAGGAAUUUACGCGCAUGGUGGAGAAUACGGAUGUCAGCAUGAGCAUGACCUUGGGUAUGUUUUUAAUGUUCCACUAG